AGUGUAACGUUAUUCAUACACUCCUUGGCCCUCUCUCCGCUACCAGAAAAUAAUAACAAGUGCUAAUGACUUUGUAAUUAUGGUAUGGGAAAGAUCCUCCUACUCUUAACCUGAUUGGCAUAACAGUAACGUCCCACGGUCCCAGUUUUUUGUUGGGCUCUGUGAGGCCACGACUUCAGUUGUGAGAGGCUCUUUAUAUUAGUGGGAAUCGUCUAAGUCGCGUCAGUGACUCAGUGUAUCUACUGACAGUAGGAGCGCUCGGUUCUGAUUAUACUCGUCUACUAUGGCUACAGCCGGUGAUUAUACUGACAGAGAAGGAGGCGAGUCCUUUCCACACGAAAAGGGCAGUCUCGUUCUUGUCAAGUGGAACGACGGGAUGGUCUACUUUGCCAAGAUCAAGAAGAUUGAUCACGCCAAGCGGAGAUGUGUUGUCAUCUUUGACGACCGCUCCACUGAUGAGGCCUCUUUCUCCCAAAUCCAUUCUGUCGACGAAACAACAACUGAUAUAAUUUGCAUCAAGUGCAAAAAGGACGAAUCUGAGCAUCCCAACGAAAUUGUCCUUUGCGACAUUUGUGGAAUAGGUUUUCAUCAGAAAUGUCAUAAUCCUCCUAUACCAGCAUCAGCACUGGAGCUCAAUAGCCCAUGGCACUGUAUGUAUUGUAUCAAGCAGGUGAAGAAUCCUUAUCUCACAGAAUCAAUCGAUGUCAUGCAAAGUCUUUUUGAAGAGGACGAAGAUGCCGACUCUACAAGAAUACUCCCGCAAGCAGUAAAAGUCAAAGUGGAGAGACAGGAGGAGGAAGAGGUGCAUGUACCAACUAGUUCAACCUCAGCAGCUCAGCCAGCAUUACCUGCACCACCACCACCACCAAAAAAGAGAAAAGUUGGUCGUCCAAGGCUUAGUGAGACUAGCAGGCGCAAUAGUGGUAAAGUGAGACCUCUUGAAGCUUUGAGACGAAAACUAGCCAAAUCUACAUCUGGUCCCGGAAGAAGUGGUACUUAUUCGUAUCGGGCAUCUCGUAAAAGACAGACUUCGCAACAAGAUGCGACUAGUUCUAAAUAUGGGCGUACGACAGUCGAGAGCUACACUAUAGCAGUGCAGCAGACCUCAGAAGGUAUCUUAAGUAACUCUUCAAGCGCUGUUGAAAAUAAUAACGAAGAAGAUGAUGAGAGUGAUUCAGACUCACUUAUAAUUUCAGCGAAGAAGCCUCGGAGUUUAAGAGUCUCUCUUACCUUGCCUCCUAGCAUAGACACUAGCCCAGUCUCAUCUACAACCCAGAGGAGCCCUCCUAAUAAUCCGCCGUCCUGGCAAGAACCAGCUCUGGAUGCUCCCGAGUCUUCACCAGAGCCAAUGCUUCAGAUAAAAGUUGAGGAGAGCGAGACUGAGGAAGGAGGAGAAAGCACGGAAUCUCCACUCACUGUAGUGACCAGUUCUAGUAGUUUAGAACAACAGAAAGAUGCUCCUGCUACCAGUGAAGCUGGUCCACCUCCUCUUAAUAGUACAGUGCCCCCUCCUCUAGUAGAUUUAGAAUCUUCUAAUCAUCAAGAGACUCAAAAUUCAUCAUCCAAUGAUAAAACUAGUAAUGAAGAUGUCCUUGUUCUUUCAUCUUCCAGUUCAUCUCUAGAGGCAGCAGCAGCUCCUGAUAAUCAAAAAUCUCCUAGUGAGCCAGUUCCAACAGUACAGGGCUCACCUCCUGAACCAGAUGUCAUUAUCAUUGAUGAUGAAUCUACUACUUCAAGUCGGAAAAGAAAGAGCUCUUCCAGCUCUACUAACAGUACCUCGGUCGUUACGAAUAAAAGCCCAGCUGAGACGAAAACACCUACUCCAUCAGUACCUCCUCCUGAUAGAUCCCUUGUCAAGAUAGUUCCUGGAGUGACUAGCCUAAUGCCUUCAAAGCACAAGCGAGCUUCUGUCAUUCAUACACCCUCUCCAGUUUCUACACCCUCUCCUCUUGAGCAGUUACAAAUGCAGGUCCAGGCACAACUAAAUAGGAAUAAUGUGUACACUUAUGGGGGCAGGAGGAAUUCUUAUCAUGGUAGUAAUAAUAGUAAGACUGUGACAACUUCAGCUUCUUCUCCAGCUGCAACUACUCCAUUAUCACACUUAAAUGAGGAGUCUGUUAACAAUCGACCCAGCAGUACUGCUAUACAAUCUCAGAAGCAUCCUGAUAAGAUAAUAUCUACUGCAUCAACUAGUAGGAAUAAUAAUAGUACAGUUGUCAGUGUCCAGCAGCAGCAUGGAAAAGAGUCUCCUACAGCCAAUGCUGGGAAAACUACUAAGACUAAUGCUGAAAAAACCUUCAGCAAAGAUAUUAUAACCAGCACAAGGUCAAGAAAGCCAUUGGCACCUCCAAUGCAUUAUGUAUCUGAAGCUACUACCAAAGUUCAUGAGAAGCUACGCAUGCUUUACAAGAACUCUGUUUCAUUGACAUCAGAUUCCUCUUCUCAGCUUGUCAGGCAACCAAAUCAUCAUCAAUCUACAUCACCCAGUACUACAUAUGUUAGCAUUGCUCCUGCAUACAGCAGCAGUACUCCAAUAUACAGCCUUCCUAGCAAUCAAGCAGGAGUGCAUGUCACUUAUACUAAUAGCAACAUACCAACAUCACCAGCAACUGUUGUAGUCACACCAACUACUAUAACAGCCACUGGUGAAGUUGGAACUGUUUAUACUUUAGUACAAGCUGACCAGGCUACAUCUUUUCAACCUGAAAUGACAUCUCAUGUUGGUGGUGGCAAAGACCCACCACUUCACUCGCCAAAAGUUGCUGUAUUAACCCAGCCUCCCAAUCCAGGGGCUCACACUGCUGUAGUGGCUGUAGCUGCCAAUAAUGAUCCUACUAUUAUGCCUGCACAGCAGCAGGGCCCAUCAGCUACAGGGACUUAUUACACACUAGUUGAAAUACCAGAUAAUUCUGAUAGACAAGCCACACACUAUGCUGGAGGCAGUCAGCCGACAGUCAAUACUACAAAACCUUAUGCUGUAGUUAAUGCACUACCAUCAGGUGGCAGGCAGCAGGGAUCAUCAUUACAACUAAAAAGUCCUCCUUCCUACAGAGUGCAGCAAGCAGGAAGGUAUAGAAAACAUAGGACUCCAUCAGAAGAGUCUCCUACGACUGUUUAUAAUAAAUACAGUCCAUUAGGAGUUAGUACAACUAGUCCUUCACCUCAUCAUCAGAAGCAAACACAGCCGCAGGUACCUGCACAAGAUUUGACUAGCAGUGCUAUCAGCAGCAGCAAUAGUACUAAUAAGACUCUGAAUAAUAAAAGAGGAAAAGAGAAAGAAAUCCAGACCACUACUGUUGCAGUAAUUGACAAGGAGGAACCACUCUCUGAUUUGAUUAGGCAACUUGGAGCUAUUAAGAGCAAGAGAAAGAGAGACUUUGAGAGCAUGUCAGGAGAAAGCCUCAUGACCCUUUUCCACUCUGCCCUCAAGCAGUUUAAGGAAAAUGGUAAAAAAUAUGAGCAGCAUUUGUCUAGACCUGCUAUGCCUCCUCCUAAUGUUGAAGUACUUGAUAAUUCUGGCAUCCCAGUCCAACAGACCUCAAGAUCAAGCAAAGUUGUAAGACCCAAGCCACAAAGAGUGGUGAAUCAAGCUGGAGUCUCUCUGCUAGCACAACACCAAAGAGCAGCCUCUUCUCCUUCAACUUCAUCUACUUCACCUUUCCCACCACCUUCACGUAGGAUCUCACCACCACCUUCACGUAGGAUCUCACCACCGCCUGCAUAUACACAGCAACAGUUUUCAACUGGUAGUAAUGGCAAGAGCCCAUCAGCUCAGCAAAUGCAUAGAGAUAAGGCAGCAAUGUAUCACAUCCAGACUUCAGGUGUGUUUGUACCUCCAGAAGAAGCUGUGACUCAUAAGCAAACUUCUCUACAGAAAAUUGAGUCUUAUCAUUACAAAACUCAUCAGUCACAUGUUGCUGCUCCCCCUCACUCAAAGACACCAACUGAAGGCCAUCACUUUGUCCUCAGUAAGCAGCCAAGCACUCAACAGCAGGCUCCUGCUAAAUACACGCAGCAAGGACAUCAAUAUUCUCCACUGACAUCUCCACAUCAACAAGUCUCUAAGCACCCCCAGGGACAGCAGCACUAUUCCUUUAUAAAGCCAACAGCAAGACAGAUCAUUAAAAACAAUAGGACCUACCUCAUUGCAGAUUCACCAGAUGCUGCUGUGAACAUGGCAACCGGUUCCAUAGUUGUAAGGCGUCCAACACAUUCUGAUAUAAUGACUACUGGUAUUAGCCAUUCACCAGUGAGUAGCUCUACUGCUGCUGUACUGCAGCAUCCUCCAAGAGAGCAAGAAAUAACAAGGAGUGAUCGCAUAUGCACUGCCUGUGGAAGGGAUGCUACUUUCUUGUGCUCUGGCUGCCACAAAGAGUGGUAUUGUGGGAGAGAGUGUCAGUUAAAAUCUUGGGAUGAACAUGCCACAAUGUGCAAGUCUUACUAAAAAACAAUGAUAAUGUACAUGAAUGUUUAACAAUGAACUGUGUAUGAUAAUAGUAAUAAUUAUUAUAAUUUAUUUAUCAAUUAUUUAUCUUGAUGGAAAUGAUUUGUCUCUA